AUGGUUGCCGCCUUCGCGCUUUUCCUUCUCGUGGCCAUCAGCUUUUCUGAAGCUCGCAUUGACCCCUGCAAAUUGCCUCUUGAUCCGGGCUUUUGCCGCGCCUACUUCCCCAGGUGGGGUUUCCAUCAGGAGUCAGGAGAGUGUGUUCGCUUCAUCUACGGUGGCUGCGGUGGCAACAAGAAUCAAUUCCACUCGAAGGAGCAAUGUGAGAGCAUGUGCGGUCACUAA